AAUGCAGAGCCAGAGCCUCGGAACCUCUCCCUUGGUGGUCAUGUGGGCUUCGACAGCCUCCCGGAUCAGCUUGUCAGCAAGUCAGUCACACAGGGCUUCAGCUUUAACAUCCUCUGUGUGGGGGAGACUGGCAUUGGCAAGUCCACACUGAUGAACACACUCUUCAACACAACCUUUGAGACAGAAGAAGCCAGUCAUCAUGAGGAGUGUGUGCGCCUACGGCCCCAGACCUAUGACCUCCAAGAGAGCAAUGUGCACCUCAAGCUGACCAUUGUGGACGCUGUGGGCUUCGGGGAUCAGAUCAAUAAGGAUGAGAGUUACAGGCCUAUCGUCGACUACAUCGAUGCGCAGUUUGAAAACUACCUACAGGAGGAGCUGAAGAUCCGCCGCUCACUCUUUGACUACCAUGACACAAGGAUCCACGUCUGCCUCUACUUUAUCACACCCACAGGGCACUCCCUCAAGUCCCUGGAUCUGGUGACCAUGAAGAAACUAGACAGCAAGGUGAACAUUAUUCCCAUCAUUGCCAAGGCUGACACCAUCUCCAAGAGUGAGCUCCACAAGUUCAAGAUCAAGAUCAUGGGCGAGCUGGUCAGCAAUGGGGUUCAGAUCUACCAGUUUCCCACUGAUGAUGAGGCUGUUGCUGAGAUUAACGCAGUCAUGAAUGCACACUUGCCCUUCGCUGUGGUGGGCAGCACUGAGGAGGUGAAGGUGGGGAACAAGCUGGUCCGAGCACGGCAGUACCCUUGGGGAGUGGUGCAGGUGGAGAACGAGAAUCACUGCGAUUUUGUGAAGCUGCGGGAGAUGCUGAUCCGGGUGAACAUGGAGGACCUCCGAGAGCAGACCCACAGUCGGCACUACGAGCUCUACCGGCGCUGCAAGCUGGAGCAGAUGGGCUUCCAGGACAGCGACGGUGACAGCCAGCCCUUCAGCCUGCAGGAGACCUACGAGGCCAAGCGCAAGGAGUUCCUGAGUGAGCUGCAGAGGAAGGAGGAGGAGAUGAGGCAGAUGUUUGUCAACAAAGUGAAGGAGACAGAACUGGAGCUGAAGGAGAAAGAGAGGGAGCUCCAUGAGAAGUUUGAGCACCUUAAGCGGAUCCACCAGGAGGAGAAGCGCAAGGUGGAGGAGAAGCGGCGGGAGCUGGAGGAGGAGACGAACGCCUUCAACCGCAGAAAGGCCGCUGUGGAGGCCCUGCAGUCCCAGGCUUUGCAUGCCACCUCCCAGCAGCCUCUGAGGAAGGACAAGGACAAGAAGAAAUCUUGACUCUCAGCCUGGGAUGCCACAAACUGAAGCGAAUUCUCUGCUUUGCUCGUCACAAAUGCCAAACUGACUGCCCUUUCCCAGCGUCCAACUUGUCUUUUGUUUCUGUUUGAUUUGGUCGUCUGCGUACCUUUUAAUGUGUCUGUUUUUUGUUUUGUUUGUUUUAUUUUUAUUUUUCAGUUAACGCACGCACAGACUUACAAAGAGCGGACUUUAGACUUUCAUGUGUUAAGUUCCUUGAGUUACACCUUGUGACCCUUCUUCUCCCAUAACAUGGUGUGAGGACGGACUGGGAGCCGGUACAGACUCCAGUGUUUACAGCCUUGCUUGAUCCCCUGCCCCGACCCCAGGCUGCCCCGGGCCUGGAGGGCUACCCCUCUCUAUGCAAACACAUCAAAGCCAUGAAUGCUGGAAUCCAAAACUGACAAAGUUUAUUUUUUUCAGAGCCAGUGGCUGGUCUUCCAUUUACAGUGUCACUAUUCCUUGACGGAGCAGUUAUGUGCCACUCUAGCGAAGGCCCCAGCCGGCGAUGCUUGACCUAAUUGUUCAGCGUCAAGAUGGCAACUCACGCGGUGCCCUAGGUGUGGUCGCGUGGUCUGGUAUACAUGCUGCAAAAUUCACCCGAUUCCCCUUCAUUUUAAUUUUUCUAACCUAGAGCUUAAUUUCAAUAAUAACUUUUAAGAAACUUCUAAAUUUUUAUUUUGGCACAAGCAUAAAGACAGAUAAUAUCCUCUCCCAUUAUUUUCAUAAGUAACCCAGUUUCCCUGAUUUUUAAAAACUAAAAGUAUCUCUAAACCUUUCUUAUGUAUAAAGCAUCCCUAUAAUAUUUAGGGAGAGGUGGGCAAUAAACAUCCUGUAAUGACAGUGUUUGGAAUUUCUUUACGGAUGAAAGUGGAUCAUGAACAAGACCACGUCCAGUGUUUUUAAUGUGAAUGUAAAUGGAACAGCAGCCCAAAACAAUUGUCUGUGUGUUUCAGAGGUGCUACUUGUAAACAGAGACCAACUCCAGGUGUGUGUUAAGUGUUUGACUCCAACUAAGACCCCCAAACCAAUCCUGCAUAUUCCAAAUGCAGAGUACUCAGUUGGGGAAAGGUUUUUAUCUCAAGGUCCUUGUUUUCUGUUUUCCUGGCUGAGUCACAAGGAAAAGAGAUGAAUGUGGACAAUUUCAGAAAACACUACCAGCAAAGGAGCUGUCCCCUCUCCACUGCAUUCUUCAGGGGAUCAUUUUAAGAAAGCAGUAGCAGCAUUGAUUCUUCUGUGUUCCUGUUGGUUUGCGAGCCAGUGGGAGUGUCAGGGCUGAGAAUAUGGUGUGAUAAAAUAGAUGAAAAAUGAGUAGCUCAAAAGAAGGAUUUCAUUUAAUGUUGAUGGAGCACUGUGCUGGGCACAGGCUACCCAGAAUAAUGCGCAGCUCUUCCCUCAAGGAAUUCACAGUCUAGAGCACUCCCUAGACAGAAGCCUUGGGAAGCUGCGCUAACUUAUUGUUGGAUUGGUCGUUUGUUUUUCCUUGUCUUCCAUCCUCCUUCUCAUUAAUGUUUUCCCUCUUUCUGCCUUGGCCUGCUGUAGUGAUUUCCAGGACCAAGUCCUGGCUUCAUCCUGGCUUCUGAGACAGGGCUCCUUUGAGAAUGGGGACAAGGGGUGAGCUGUGUGUGUCCAGAGAGGCAUGUCAGGAAAAAGACAGCCUUUGCCUCCUCACCAGGAGCAGAGGUUUUAUGGAUGCCCAGAGUGAAACUAUUCCAAGUGUCCUGCUAAGACCAGAGGUGGAUCAAGAUUUUGAGGGGCUUCCCUGUGGGCAUUCAAAGGCAAAUCAGUGUAUACCUAAGGCACAUGUGGGCUAAGAAUGGCUUGGCUUUAGGGGGAUUCUAUGUGUUCAGUUGGAUUGAAGUGCAGAGCCGUUAAGGUAGCCUCCAUUAGCUAACAUACUUCUGAAGAUGAAGCUCAGUGACCCAGUGGAUUAAUUGGUCAUAUAAUAAAUGGAGACUCCUGGCUCACAGGCCAGUCUGGGGACUCUGGAGUGGAAAGACCCUGCCACGCAUCCACCACGGCCUGUGGGCUGUACUGCAGGCUUACUGGAAUGCCAGAAUUGUGGCUGGUUACCUGCCUGCGGGUGCAGGGCUUCCCAGCAUCUCUGGGGAGACCUGUCACUGUUAAAUUUUCUGGGGUCUGAGCUGCCUCCACAGGUCCCAUCGGCUUUAGUGAGCCUCACUGCACUUCUCUCCCUGCACUGCCUUUGUUUAAAAGUUUAUCGUCUUUAGCUGAGACCAAAUUAAUCCUUGGUGAACAAGGUGAGCUUAAAACAUGCCAUUAUUUAAUAAGCGCUCCAUCCCAUGAUGGGAUAUGAUUUGCCGCUCCUUUUCAGAAUCCUCUUUUGGCAUUAUUAGAGCUGUCAUUGGGGUUACAUUGGCAUUUACUAUCAUGUCUUUCAUAAGCCAAGUUGGUCUUGGGUAGAAUCAUAUAAUUUAUUGUCCGAACUGAGACUUUACAGAAUGAAAAGAGGUUCUGUUAAUAAUUAUGUCAGAUCAACAGGUGUAAGCUGGAAUUGUCUCAGGCAAACUGGGAUGUAUGGUCACCCUGGUUAUGGGUAACCCGAGUCUAGGUGGUUUGUAAUUGUGCAGACUGCAUAUAUGUUUCUGUGUGUCUAUGUGCGGGUGCUUGUUAAGUGGGGCUCAUAUUACUGGAUAAGAGGCCCGAGGGAAGUGUGGCUUGCUCGUCUGUUAUGUUAACAAGCUUUUCUAAAACUGCUUCACUUGUUAAUUCAUUUAUUCCUUCAUACAUUGACUGUUUUUGUUCCUUUCCAUUCACUUUGUACUCUUUUUUUUUUCCCAUUAAAUUUUGCAUUUAUUUUGA